ACUCUGCACCCCCGAGCCAUGGAAAACCUGAGUCACAGCUGGAACCAAGGACGGGGAAUUUUCCUUCUCAGUUCCAGGGACCUCUGAACCUCCCUGACCCAGUCCCUUUUGGAGCAGGAGCUGGGGGGUGGGAGGACCCCAAGCUCCGCCCAAGGCAUGGUAUUCUGGGGGAGCAUUGCAGGACAGCCCUGUCAGUCUGUCUGUCUGUCUGCCCCCUGCUCAGCCUGCCCUGGAGACACACCAUCAGGGAAGAAGUGCCCCCCGAGGGGGGUGGCCGUGGAGAGGUCACCCGCGUGAGUGCCCCCAAGACAACAUGGUGACUGCAGCGGCCCCCAGCCUCCUCGUCUCUCUGCUGCUGCUCCUAAGGGCCGUGCCCUCGGACCCCCACUCUGUGCCCCUGCAGCCCGCCUUCCUGGAGGACGUGGGGGGCAGCGGGGAAGCCGAGGGCUCGUCAGCCUCCUCCCCAAGCCUCCCGCCAUCCUGGACCCCGGUUCUCAGCCCCACGUCGGUGGGGCCUCAGCCCACAGUGGUGGGGGGCCCCCAGCCCCCCACCAACUUCCUGGAUGGGAUCGUAGACUUCUUCCGCCAGUACGUGAUGCUCAUUGCCGUGGUGGGCUCCCUGGUGUUCCUGCUCAUGUUCAUUGUCUGCGCCGCGGUCAUCACCCGCCAGAAGCACAAGGCCUCGGCCUACUACCCCUCGUCCUUCCCCAAGAAGAAGUACGUGGACCAGAGCGACCGGGCCGGGGGCCCCCGGGCCUUCAGUGAGGUCCCCGACAGGGCCCCUGACGGCCGGCCCGAGGAGGCCCUGGGCUCCUCGCAGCAGCUCCAGGCCGACAUCCUUGCUGCCACCCAGAACCUCAAGUCUCCAGCCAAGGCUGCCCUGGGCAGUGGGGACGGAGCAGCCAAGAAGGUGGAGGACAAGUCAGAGGAAGAGGAGGAGGGCAGCCAGGAGGUGUGCGAGGAGGCCCAGGGACGUAGCGUCCCAGCGGAGAAACCGGGGGCCACCGAGGAGCUGUGCUUGGCAGAGUCCAUGGGGGUUGUGACCCCUGGUGAGGGCCCAGGGGAACCGGGGGCAGCUCCUUCCUCAGCUCAGGAAGCUGGGGAACCAGCCAGUCUCCCCGAGAGCCCCUGUGCCUGCGGCAGGGUCACCCCCAGCGUCUAAUAGGCCUCCAGGGCAGCCGGCCCUGGCUGCGGAACCCAGCGGUCACCUCCUGGGGCAUGGGAAGGCCUUCAGCCCUGACUGCUUCCUGGCAGACACCCCCUCAUCUGCCCACCCCUGCUGCACAUCUCAGUGUGUCCUGCUCCUAUGGCAGGCAGAGAUGCCAGCCUCAGUUCCACCCAAGAGCCUCCCCAGGUUCCAGAAACAUUUGCCUCGACAGCCCCAGGAAGCCGUGUCACAGAGCACAGCCACUCAGGGACAGUGGGGAUGGGAACGUGCCUCUGUGGGAGCCACGAAAAAAAUGGCUCAUGAAAUCAGCCAGGCCAAUCGGGAAACAUAAGCCACAGGUCCCUUGUGACAGUGCAAACAUCACCACUUUUGCAUCAGGAUAGAAAAGAAAAACAGAAUAAGAGUUUUGGAAGCGGCCGAAUGGGAGACCCUUUUAAAAUGUCCAGAUGGGUUAAGCAGAAUGCAGCCUGGGAUUAAGUGAUAUUUCAGGACUGCGGUGGUCUCCAUUUUUCAUGCCCCCACAGCCCCAAAUAUUUUAGUGUCACUCUGCUUCUGUUCCGAAUGGCAGAACUGGGCCUGAUUAACUUGGAAACUUCCGCAAGAGGCCCCUGUGUACAUUAUGACACGUGCCCUACAUGAGCAUUCCCCAAACUGGGUUCCCUGAGGUACCCUUAGUGGAAAAACGAUUUCGUGGUCCAAUGAGAUGAGGUAACGCUGCCUGUCUACCCACCCUGAAAGCACCCCAGAGCUUGGACAAGUCCUGCAGGAAAGAUUCCUGCUGAAUUUGGUUUUUCUUAACCUUUUUCAAAUAUAUUUUGACCACUGAGUAUGUUUUGUUUUUUUUUUUAAAUAGUUAAGAGUAAAAUCCUGCAAAGAACAUUCUGGAAAAUACUGCUCUAAAUUUGCCCCCAGUUUCUGGUUGACUCAGGGUUAGAGGUGGGGCUUGGGGCUCAGCCCUCUCUAGUGCCCUAGCAGCCCCAGCUUGUGGGGAGAAGGGGGAGCUUCUCUUUCCACUUCUGCUUCUGGGAUGGGAGUGAGUGGACUGGACCCUACCUUUGAGUUCCCACAGGCAGUCUCGAGGCUGAGGGGCUGUGUGUGAGGGGAGGCCCACCCUGGAGGCCCCCCUUGGCUCACACAUGUCUGGCAGCCUGAGUCCAGAGCAUUUUCCAGUCCUUGACAGGGAGCCUGGGCUCCGCCCUGAUUUGGGGGGGGCUCUGGGGGGCUCUUCUCCCCCAACCCUCUGCCGUGGGCCCCCCAAGCUCUGCACAGCUCUCCAUGGAGGUGCUGAGAUAAAACAACCCGGCACAAUAAACCUUUCUUCUGGCCUGA